AUGUCAAAACUUCUACAAGGAUAUAGUAGAACUUAUCAAAGCUGUGAUACUUUAUACGAAAACGAGACUGAGUUCCCGCCGGAACUGAUCAAUGAUCUCAACUCAUCAGGAUUUCCACCAUACAUUUUGGUUUUGAAGAAGUACUCUUCAAUUAUGCUGCUCAGAAACCUUGAUCCAGCAGGAGGUCACUGUAACGGAACAAGAUAUAUGGUCGUGAAUUUGCACAACCACCUUAUUGAAGCAGAUGUGGCCGAUGGGACACAUGCUGGAAUCCGAAUAAUGAUACCACGAAUUCCACUGACCACCACUGAAGACUAUCCGUUCUCAUUUUCCAGGAAGCAGUUUCCUCUGAAACUGGGUUUUGAAAGGACAAAUCCCAAGGUCAGACUUAAGAAACAGUUGGAAUUUACCCGCCAACACCUAUGUUCAUCCAUGACCAGUGCUAUGUUGCCAAUAGCACGAUCGGUUCUGGGAACAAUGUGCAUAUAUUGGCUUUGGACUCAAAGUAUAAGGGUAUGA